AUGUCAGUUGGAAUCACGCCCAGUAUCGUCGAGGCUUCAUUCCGGAAGUCAUUUGGACGCCGUAGCAUUUUAAACUAUAAUCUAAGUGUCAGCGCCAUUCGUAAAAUGAAGCUGGCCGAGUACUAUAAGGAUAAUGUAACCAUCAUUGAUGCAUAUCCAGGCAAUGGUAUCUGGUCUGCUGCACUCCAUAACGAGAUUAAACCUGCCAAUCAUGUUUUGCUUGAGCCAUUGGUUGGCGCGCAAAAGUUUUUAAAGCAGUUUAUUGAUCCCUCAAAAAAUACACUCAAACUAUGGCCGGAGGAUCCGUUUCGUUGGGCAACAUAUGAGAAUAUUGUUACCGAGAAGGUAAUUACGCCGAUUGUGCAUCCACGGACAGAGAUUAAUCCUCAUUUGCUAUUUACAUGCAAUCUGAGUACAAUUCAAGGCGAGCAACUGUGUGUGCAGUUUCUUAAUUGUGUCAUGAACCGAAACUGGAUCCAAAAAUACGGUCGAGUUAGAAUGCUUCUUUGGAUCCGAUAUAGUACUCUGGUGAAGCUGCUUGCAACUCCAGGAUCCAAGCGUCGUGGUCGUGUGAGUGUUCAAACUGAGGCAUGUUCAGAUACGCGAUUGAUUAUAGAUAACAAGAUGGCGGAUCUGACUCUGGAUAAGCAAAAAUACGAGCCAUUAGAGGUCAUGACGAAACCCAAUGAUAUUUUCCCUACGAAAGCACCAAUUGCACUGAUUCAGGUAGAUCCUUUGGAGGCUGACAUUGAGCAGCUGGACUACUUUGAGUAUGUGAUUCGAACACUGUUUAUUCUCAAAACACGGCCGCUUAAAGAGGGUCUGGCAAUUCUAGGUCCCGGUGCACUAGACGACAUGGGCCCAUCACUACGGCCACUGCUCAACAAAAAACCAGCAGACAUGACGCUGGAGGAGUUUUUCCUUGUUACCAAAGCAUUUGGUGCAUGGCCGUUUAAGCCUGAGAUUUUGCACGACUUUUAUGCUGAGAGUGAUUAUUCACUUCAUGCCACCAGCGUUUCCAACUCGUCCGGGCGAACGUGA